GCUCCUUCGUCACGCAGGGAAGAAAACGAGGAAGUAAAAUGCGAGCGAGGAGGAAAUCUGAGGUGAGGUGAGUUGCUGUGCGAGCCGGACUGUCACUUGAACACUGAAUCUUCACGGUUACUGUACACGCUGAGCACCAUGGCUGAAGCAGACAUUGCACUGAUCGGUUUGGCUGUCAUGGGCCAAAACCUCAUCAUGAACAUGAAUGACCAUGGCUUUGUGGUCUGCGCUUACAACCGAACCGUAUCAAAGGUGCAUGACUUCCUGCAGAAUGAGGCAAAGGGCUCCAAGGUGAUUGGAGCAGAGUCUCUGGAGGACAUGGUGUCCAAGCUGAAGAAGCCCAGGAGGAUCAUCCUCCUGGUCAAAGCUGGACAGGCUGUGGAUGACUUCAUUGAUAAAUUGGUUCCUCUUCUUGAGGCCGGGGAUAUCAUCAUCGAUGGUGGCAACUCUGAAUACAAAGACACAACUCGGCGGUGUAAGAGUCUGAAAGAGAAGGGCCUGCUGUUUGUCGGCAGUGGAGUAAGUGGUGGAGAGGAAGGUGCACGUUAUGGACCCUCACUCAUGCCAGGAGGACAUAAAGAGGCCUGGCCACACAUAAAGGAUAUCUUCCAGAGCAUCGCUGCCAAGGUUGGAACAGGAGAACCUUGUUGUGACUGGGUUGGAGAUGAAGGUGCGGGACAUUUUGUGAAAAUGGUCCAUAAUGGCAUUGAGUAUGGUGACAUGCAGCUGAUUUGCGAGGCCUAUCACUUGAUGAAAGAUGUUCUGGGUAUGGACCACGAUGAGAUGGGACAGGCUUUCGACAGCUGGAACAAGACAGAGUUGGACUCCUUCCUGAUUGAGAUCACGGCUAACAUCCUUAAAUACAAGGACUCUGACGGUACACACCUGCUGCCCAAAAUCCGAGACAGUGCUGGACAGAAAGGCACAGGGAAGUGGACGGCCAUUUCAGCCCUGGAGUACGGCACACCUGUCACUUUGAUCGGGGAGGCUGUCUUUGCCAGAUGCCUGUCCUCACUAAAGGAUGAGAGAGUGGAGGCCAGUCGCAGCCUUUCAGGCCCACAGGGGGUCAAAUUCAGCGGUGACAAGGCUGCCUUCCUGGAGGACAUCAGAAAGGCCCUCUAUGCCUCCAAGAUCAUUUCCUAUGCCCAGGGCUUCAUGCUGCUGCGGCAAGCAGCCAAAGAGUUCGGCUGGUCCCUCAACUAUGGCGCCAUUGCUCUGAUGUGGAGAGGAGGCUGCAUCAUCCGAAGUGUCUUUCUGGGUAAAAUCAAAGAGGCGUUUGACAGAGACACUGAGCUGCAGAGCCUGCUGCUGGACACUUUCUUCAGCAAUGCUGUGCAGGACUGUCAGGAGUCAUGGCGCAGGGCAGUCAGCACUGGAGUCCAGCAUGGCAUUCCUAUGCCCUGUUUCACCACAGCUCUGUCCUUCUAUGAUGGUUACAGACAUGAAAAGCUGCCCGCCAACCUCCUCCAGGCCCAGAGAGACUACUUUGGAGCUCACACCUAUGAACUGCUGUCAGACCCCGGUCAUUUCAUCCACACCAACUGGACGGGUCACGGAGGAAACGUCUCCUCUUCAUCCUACAACGCUUAAAGAACAUCUUUACGACACUCAAAAACACAAAGCAAGAUGGAAGGCAGAGGGGAAGUUCUCUGAGACAGAAGUAUACAUGUUAUACAUUCCAUCUGCAUAACCAUGGCAGAAUAUGUAAGAGCCACCCACUCCCACAAUCACCGUUUUACCCCUCUCAAAGACAUGAUGUUACAGUUUUAUUUAUCAAGAAAUGAAACCAUAGAUUAUGUGUGUUGCACAUUCUACACCCUUUGUGUUUCGCUGUACCAAUUUUUAUCACAGCCACAAGAGGUAGAGCAACCAAGUGUUGACUCUGUCUGGAUGCUAUUGAUAUUAUGCUGGCUAUCAGGCUAACAUUCGCCUGUCAUUUGGGGCCCAGGAUUCACCGUGUUAACACUGGAUUAAGGUGAACCGUUGCACUGCACUGUAUUAGGCUAAAUAAAGAUUUCAAUCCCUUUAUAA